CAUAAACAAAUUCCAUCCCCUAUAGCAGCGAGUUCUCUACGAUUUCGUAGAGGGUUUAACCUUAUUGUACUGUAGUUAAUAUGUGAUCAUAGUGACACUUCGCAUUUCAAUAUUUUAUAAGUCAUCUAAUGGUGCAAAUUCUUGUAAUUAACUCCAGAAAUUAACAUAAAAAAGUGACUUUAUUUCGCAAAUGGAUUGUUCUGUAAAAAAACGUCGCUUGAAUGAAGAUAUUAAUGAAGAUGGUGACGAUGUGCGUACUGACAACAAUGGUCGAAAUUCUAGUUUGAUUGAGGAUACAGAGGAAUCUUGGGAAUUACUUGAUGUCGACUAUGACGAAAGUAAUGACUCACAUGCUGAUGUGUCUAAUUCAGUUAUAGAACCACAAAACAUCGAACAUAGCACACGAAUCAUUCAGGAUGCUCGCUCAGUAUCAAACACUUUGAAUGAAUUUACACGUAGCGAUUUGAUAAUACAUCUUGCAAGAAGCUAUCUGGAAGAUAAGGUCAUCUUAUCUACUGAUAGAAUUCGCAAAAUUUCUCAAGAAAUAUGUUCAGCUUUCCCUGAUGAAGACAUGGCUUCUUACUUCAUUGAACCGAUUGGUAAAAAGGCCCCCGGUGGGAGAUUUUUCAAUCAUUAUCAAAGCCAGUUGAAAAAAUUUCGGCAAAAGAAUCUCAUUCCAAAGUCAUCACGGGCCAUUAAUAAAAUGCUAAAGGCUGUGGAAGGUGAAGAAAUAUAUGUUCUGAGUGGUAUGUAACCAAUUACCUUUUCAUACAGUUAUCUAAUUAGAGCCCUUCUGUAGAAAAAGAAAAAGAAAGUUUCGAAUAUUUACUUCAACGUCAAACGAAUUUGGCUGAGAUUGUUGAACAUUGGAGUGUCACGUUUUCUUAUCGGCAAGACGUUUUUAAAGACAUUGCAAAAGAUAUUAGGGCGAUCUUAGCGGAACAGUGGAAACCGUUGACACUAUCGAUUGGUCAUGCCUUGGUAGAUUUUGAUUACUUUAGAACUUUGGCAAAUGUUUUAGACAGCAAUUGUUUUUUGAUGCUCUUUCGGACUCGGCUCAAAGAAUAAUAUCUUUUUGACAAUACUCGCACAUUAGAAACUUAAAGGAAAUCUAUUUACUUGAGCUGAAAUUAUUGAUUAUAUAAGCUUGUCCGUCUCUUUAGGAUUCUCAGUCUUCAUAAAUUUUUAAAAGACUUCUCUUCAAAAAUAGAUCCAUAAGAACGUCCACAA